AUGGCGGGCGCACUCCAGGGGUCAGACGGCGGUGUACUCCAGGCCAGACGGCGGGCACCCAGGUCAGACGGCGGCACCAGGUCAGACGGCGGCACCAGGUCAGACGGCGGCGCGCACCAGGUCAGACGGCGGGCGCACCAGGUCAGACGGCGGUGCGCAUCCAGGUCAGACGUGUGCAUCCAGGUCAGACGGCGGGCGCACCAGGGCCAGACGGCGGCGCGCACUCCAGGUCAGACGGCGGCGCGCACUCCAGGGCCAGACGGCGGCGCGCACCAGGGCCAGACGGCACUAGGUCAGACGGCGCACCAGGGUCAGACGGCGGCGCGCAGGGGGUCAGACGGCGGCGCGCACCAGGCCAGACGGCGGUGCACUAGGGCCAGACGGCGGCGCAUUCAGGGCCAGACGGCGGCGCGCACCAGGUCAGACGGCGGCGCACUCAGGUCAGACGGCGGGCGCACCAGGUCAGACGGCGGCGCACCAGGGGUCAGACGGCGGGCGCAUCAGGUCAGACGGCGGUGCGUACCAGGGCCAGACCCAGGCGGCGGCGCACUUCCAGGUCAGACGGCGGGCGCACCAGGGCCAGACGGCGGCACCAGCGCACUAGGCCAGACGGCGGCGCGCACAGGGGGUCAGACGGCGGGCGUACUUCCAGGGCCAGACGGCGGCGGCACCCAGGGACGGCGACGGCAUUUCCAGGUCAGACGGCGGCGCACUCCAGGUCAGACGGCGGCGUACUCAGGGGCCAGACGGCGGCGCACUCCAGGGCCAGACGGCGGGGUAGGUCAGACGGCAGCAUCCAGGGUCAGACGGCGGCGCAUCCAGGCGGUGCGCACCAGGGUCAGACGGCGGCGUGCACUAGGGCGACGGCACUCCAGGGCGCGCACCAGGGUCAGACGGCGGCGCACAGGGGGCCAGACGGCGGGCACCAGGGCCAGACGGCGGCGCGCACUCCAGGUCAGACGGCGGCGCAUUUCCAGGGGCCAGACGGCGGCGUACUCAGGUCAGACGGCAGCGCACUCCAGGGGCCAGACGGCGGUGCACCAGGUCAGACGGCGGUGCGCACUAGGGUCAGACGGCGGCGGCGCACUAGGGGGCCAGACGGCGGGCGCAUUUAGGUCAGGACGGCGGGCGCACCAGGGGGUCAGACGGCGGCGCACUAGGGCCAGACGGCGGUGCACUCAGGGUCAGACGGCGGCGCACCAGGGGCCAGACGGCGGGCGCACCAGGUCAGACGGCGGCGCACUCCAGGUCAGACGGCGGGUGCGCACUAGGGGGCCAGACGGCGGCGCGCACCAGGGCCAGACGGCGGGCGCACCCAGGUCAGACGGCGGUGCGCACUCAGGUCAGACGGCGGCGCGCACCCAGGUCAGGGUCAGACGGCGGGCGCACUCCAGGGCCAGACGGCGGCGCACCAGGUCAGACGGCAGCGUCAGGGGAUCAGACGGGCAUCAGGUCAGGACGGCGGGCGCACUAGGGUCAGACGGCGGCGCACCAGGUCAGACGGCGGUGCGCACCAGGUCAGACGGCGGUGCACAUCCAGGGUCAGACGGCGGCGCACUAGGUCAGACGGCGGCACCAGGUCAGACGGCGGUGCGCACCAGGGCCAGACGGCGGCGCAUUUCAGGGCCAGAUGGCAGGGGGCAUUUAGGUCAGACGGUGGGCGCAUUUAGGUCAGACGGCGGCACUAGGGUCAGACGGCGGCGCACCAGGUCAGAUGGGCCAGACGGCGGGCGCACUCAGGGUCAGACGGCGGCACCAGGGCCAGACGGCGGCGCACCAGGGCCAGACGGCGGGCGUACCAGGUCAGACGGCGGGCGCAUCAGGUCAGGUCAGACGGCGGUGCGCACUCAGGGUCAGACGGCGGCACUAGGGUCAGACGGCGGCGCCAGGUCAGAGACCAGGCACUUCAGACGGCGGGCACCAGGGUCAGACGGCGGGCAUCAGGGGCAGACUAGGGCCAGACGGCGGUGCACCAGGUCAGACGGCGGCGCACUCAGGUCAGACGGCGGGCGCACCAGGUCAGACGGCGGCGCACCCAGGGCCAGACGGCGGGCGCACCAGGGGCCAGACGGCGGCGCACUAGGGCCAGACGGCGGUGCGCACCAGGGCCAGACGGCGGCGCACCAGGGCCAGACGGCGGUGCACCCAGGUCAGACGGCGCGCACCAGGCCAGACGGCGGUGCACUCAGGUCAGACGGCGGCGCAUCAGGGUCAGACGGCGGUGCGCAUCCAGGGCCAGACGGCGGCGUAGGCACCAGGGGCCAGACGGCGGCGCACCAGGUCAGACGGCGGGCACACCAGGGCCAGACGGCGGCGCACUCCAGGUCAGACGGCGGUGCACCAGGGUCAGACGGUGGUGCGCACUUAGGGCCAGACGGCGGCGCACCCAGGCCAGGGGGUCAGACGGCGGUGCACCAGGGCCAGACGGGCGGCGCACCAGGGCCAGACGGCGGGCGCACCAGGGGCCAGACGGCGGCGCACCAGGUCAGACGGCGGCGGCAGGGGGACGGCGGCACCAGGUCAGACGGCGGUGUACCAGGUCAGACGGCGGUGCGUACCAGGGCCAGACGGCGGCGUAUUUAG